AUGGACCGCGUCGCCUUCGUGAGCCCCGACAAGUCGCCGAGAUCGCCGAGGUCCCGCGGCGGCUCCCUCGGGAGCCCCACGUCGCCCAUCGCGCGCGUCCUCUCGGCCGUCGGCGAUUUCGUAUUCCAACGGCUCGACAACGACCACUCCGUCGUCCACGCCGUCGUCGAGCACGCGGCGCCCCACCCCGACGACAUCAACGGGCGGCUGCUCCAGGCGUCCUCGAGCUGGUCCCGGGCGGGCGUCGUCGACGACGCGCGCGCCGUCUCCGACUUCCUCCGCGACGACGUCCUCAUCCCGCGGAUAGACCGGCGCGUGGACCUGGAAAACAACAUCACGCGGGUCGUGCCCCUGUCCGCGUGCCGGCGCGCGACAUUCACGCCGCUCGACGGCGGCCCGCCGCGGGGCUGCGUCGCGUACCGGUGCCCGUGCCUCUCGCGAAACCGCCCGGGCUCCGCGUUCGCGCCCGCGGCGGCGCGCGACUCGCCGUCGGACGUGUCGCGGGUCCUCGACGGCAUGGUCCACGACUUCGCCCGGGCGCGGUCGCCGGCGGAGCGCAAGGAGGACCGCGCGGACCGCCUCGUCAAAGGCGUGCCCGAGUACGCGGUCGACGUCGCGUCCUGGCGCGGCUACCUCGGGUUGUACUGCCACGCGUGCGGGCGGGGCACGCUGGCCUACCCCGAGGACGGCGUCGGCAAGCACGACCUGCCCGACGACCCGCGCGGCGAGGCCCACGUCCCCGCGAUCCGCGCGCGCAUCCUCGCGCAGGUCGACCGCGACCCCUGA